UGGGUGCCGCGACACUCCGCGGUCCGCGUUUGAUUCAUAUCAGAUAUUUUGCAAUUUAGCGGAAAGAAAUCGGUGGAAAAUGUCGACAUUACCACACAGCAAGAAGCGCGUCUGCUACUACUACGACAGUGAUAUUGGAAAUUACUACUAUGGACAAGGACAUCCUAUGAAACCACAUCGUAUAAGGAUGACACAUAAUUUACUUCUCAAUUAUGGUCUUUACAGAAAAAUGGAAAUAUAUCGACCUCAUAAAGCUACAGCAGAUGAAAUGACAAAAUUCCAUAGCGAUGAAUAUAUUAGGUUUCUCAGGUCCAUAAGGCCUGACAAUAUGUCAGAGUAUAAUAAACAAAUGCAACGAUUUAAUGUUGGAGAAGAUUGUCCUGUUUUUGAUGGUUUAUAUGAAUUUUGUCAAUUGUCAGCUGGAGGCUCUGUAGCUGCUGCUGUAAAACUUAACAAACAAGCCUCGGAGAUUUGUAUAAAUUGGGGUGGAGGUUUACAUCAUGCCAAAAAGAGCGAGGCAUCUGGUUUUUGUUAUGUCAAUGAUAUUGUACUAGGAAUCUUGGAACUGCUUAAAUAUCAUCAAAGAGUUUUAUAUAUUGAUAUUGAUGUUCAUCAUGGCGAUGGGGUAGAAGAAGCUUUUUAUACCACUGAUAGAGUAAUGACAGUCUCCUUCCAUAAGUAUGGUGAAUAUUUUCCUGGUACCGGCGAUCUCCGUGAUAUUGGAGCAGGGAAGGGAAAAUAUUAUGCGGUCAACAUACCGCUAAGAGAUGGUAUGGAUGAUGAAAGUUAUGAGUCAAUAUUUGUACCUAUAAUUUCAAAAGUGAUGGAAACCUUUCAGCCUUCUGCUGUUGUUUUACAGUGUGGUGCUGAUUCGUUAACAGGGGAUAGAUUGGGUUGUUUCAACUUAACAGUAAGAGGUCACGGUAAAUGCGUUGAAUUUGUAAAAAAAUAUAAUCUACCUUUCUUAAUGGUUGGCGGUGGCGGAUAUACUAUCAGGAACGUGUCUAGAUGUUGGACAUAUGAAACAUCGGUAGCUCUUGGGUCAGAAAUUGCAAACGAAUUACCUUACAAUGAUUAUUUUGAAUAUUUUGGACCCGAUUUUAAAUUACAUAUUAGUCCUUCAAACAUGGCAAAUCAAAAUACUCCCGAAUAUCUUGAGAAAAUUAAGAGCAGAUUAUUUGAGAACCUACGAAUGUUACCUCAUGCACCAGGUGUACAAGUUCAACCAAUUCCAGAAGAUGGUGCGGUUAUCGAAGAUUCAGAGGCUGAGGAAAAGGUCAAUCCGGAUGAACGAUUACCGCAACGUGAUUUAGAUAAAAGGAUACAACAUGAAAAUGAAUAUAGUGACAGUGAAGAAGAAGGAGAAGGCGGUCGAAGAGACAACAGGUCAUUUAAGGGUUCCAGAAAACGACCUCGUCUAGAAAAGGGUCAAGAAGGCAUAGAAAGUGAUCUCAAAAAAGAAGAAGACAUAAAAUCGGAACCAAAAGAAAAUGAGAAAGACGAAAAAGCAAAUGUCAUUAACGAGGAAACAAAGAAGGACGGUGGAGCGAAUCCCUGAUAAAUGGUUGUUGUUGAACAUUUAAGAAAUUGGAAAAAGUCCUUAUUUAAAUCAAGUAUAGAUAAGUAUAGGUAAUUUAAGUCAAGAAACAUACGAUGUACGCUGCCUCGAACUCGGUAUACGAUUCUAAACCAUAAUUAUAAUUUUUUAUUUUGUUCGGAAAUAUGCACCUCGGUAGAAACAACAGCAUAUAUCGAAUGAAUUCGUGGCAGGCGACAUUGUUAUUACGUACACGUAUGAGCGUGUGAUUGACUCCAAGCGCUCUGCAAUUUUAAUUGUUGUCUCAUUAAAUUUACAGACGUUUUCCGAUAUUCUUAAAUUGACAAUUUAUCAAGUAAUCGAUUCUGAAACUAAUUUUGGAAUCAGGCGGUAUCUUGAAUAGCCUGUCAAAUUUUAUGAUUUUACCAAAUCCAUCUUUGUAUACAUUUAUACAGAAUAAACGUAACUAGUCGGACGAGGCAGAUACCUUGACUGUACAAAGAAUUUUCAUACCGAUGAAAACUAUACAUUUUAUAACAUUUGUUUGAUGUGCCCAAUGAGAUCAUAAGAUAAUGACAGUAUUUCAAGAUAUCUAGAUUUACAAUUAGCAUGUUCCGAUAAAUCAUGCAAGAAUAUAAUAAUUGUAACAUUUUGGACGCUCGAAGUCCCUCUUCUUAUCCAUUAUUCGCAGUGUGAUCUUGAUUAAACCGUUUAAUAACGCGCGACUUAUAAUCGAAAGAAAAAGCGAUUGUACAACGGGCAAGUAUUAGGGGUUCACAAAUUUUUUUGCUUCCUAUUCUUGUACAUAACGUAAAAUCAGGUUUAAAUGAAGUCCUACAUGCAAUAAUACUAUACAAUAACAAUAACGAUAUUCGUUUUGAUAUGUAAAGUAUUUUAUUUUAUAUGAAAGAAAUUGAAUGAUCAGCGAAGAAGAAAGUAUGGAGAAAUUAGGACAGUCAAUGAACGUAUUGAAUUCAAACAUAGAUGUAGAAUCUUAAUCAUAAAUUAAGCAAAAAUAAUUAUAAGAGUUCAAAAUUUACGUACGCGAUGCGGUCGAUUUAUAUCUGUAACACUGAGGUUGCGAAAGCACUCUCGUUUAGGGAAAAAAAAAAAAGAAAAGCGUUUUACAGAUGCAUCUAUAAAAUUGUUACCCUCCAGUUGCAGUUCUUUGGACGUUCGUGCGAGAGUUAAAAAUACAUUAAUAAUUUUGUGUACAUAAAAAUUUAACUUUUUGCGCCUCGAAAAUAAUUCAGAAACAGAUUAAACUCGACUAGUUGCACGACGACAGACAAUUGAUCGAAAGAGAAAUAUAUGUCAACCUAUCUAGUUGUAAUUAAGUACCUACCACUACUUGUAAUUAAUUAUCCACCACAACACAAUGACAAAUUCGAUAUAACAUUGCGUAUAUCUAAGUCGGUUUGAGAUAGAUCAAGUACGAUAUACAUAUAUAAAUAUAUAUAUAUUUAUGUCCAGACAUGAAUAACACGAAUGUUUUUAAAUAUUUAUAAUAAAAAAUAAAGAAAUU